GCCACCCAGGUGCCCCAGCCAUUUUAACCAUCCUUAAGGGUACAAUUCAGUGGCAUUAAGCACAUUCACAAUUUGGUGCAACCAUCACAAUUUCCAAAACUUUUUAGCACCUUAGAUAGAUGCUCCAUAAAUAAGUGAAUGUAUAAAUAAAUGUUGAUAGUUUAGGGGAAAAUUUCAAAAAAUAAAUGUGAUUUUGAUUUUUCACUUCCCUUCUAAUUUGUUGUGUUUUAUACUUCUAUAUGAAAAGUUAUUGUAAUUAAGAUAGUACUAUGCCUUUAUGUUAGUGUGAUAAUAUUAAAGUCCCUUGUCAUGGAAAAACUGGGCAAUUCUUUCAAGUUUGAAUGCUGAAUUACUGAGCUUUAUAAGGUCUUUAAAAGUUAUAAAGCAAAAUUUGAAUGAUAUCCCUAAGCCCACUCUGAUGUGCAAAGGAUGGCUUAUCCAAGUUUAUAUUCUGUUUGGCUUCCUCUAUUGCUAUGUAUUCUCUUUGCUUUUAUAGGUGCAGGAUACCCUCCACUUUCAUAGGAGAUAUCUUAGGGCUUCUAGAAACACUAGAAAAUUUCACAAAUUGUUAAGGUGCUACCAAAAAAAAAAAAAAAGAUUUAUUCUAGCUACAAAGUGUUUUGAAGUUUUACCUAAUUUUUAUUCUAAAAUUUGUAUGUUUUCUUUGCCUGUUGGAGUGCUUUUAUCAGUACUAAUUUCUUCUUUGACAUCCUUUUAAAAACAAUUUGUGGCUUCUGUUUCCAACUAAAGAAGUUGGGCAAUCUCCCAUUUUUAACAAGGAGGGAGCACCCUUGGGCAACUAUAGGGAAAAGGCUAGGCCAGAGUAGAUUUUGGAAGCAAAAAUAGUUGAGCCUAUUUUUCGGUAGGUUUGGCAGGGGUACAGGCUGUUAAUCUCAAAUCUCCAAAUGUGGAGGGUUUCCUAUGCAUGUGUGAAUAUGUGUGCUUUUGAUUUUAGUAAAAUUUAAUUAGUAUUAUAGCCCAGUUAAUUCUGUGGUAUUUGCAUUGGAGUACUGGGCUCUAAUUCUGGCUCAGGCCCUACUAGUGACCUGAGCAAACCACAUAACUUUUGUGGAUUCAUUAUUGGCACUAGUAAAUUAAGUGGGGUCGAGUAAGUGGAUAAAUUAAGUUUGCUGUUGGGAAACAGCACCAGCAUAUCCUUGGCUGCUACCUGCAAACUUGUCAUUUCUUUGAAGUUCUCUAAAAAAUUUUUUAAAAAUUUAUUAUAUUUUUUAUUAAGUAAGCUCUAUACCCAAUGUGAGGCUUGAACCAAUGACCCCGAGAUCAAGAGUUGCAUGGUCUACUGGCUGAGCUAACCAUGUGCCACCCCCCCCAAAAUUUUUAAGUUAUAUAUUCCGACAUAAUGUAUAUUCUAAAAUUUAAUAUUAUGAUUGCAUUUAAAUUUGUUACUACCCUGUAACAUUGAUGCUUCCUGAGAUGCAUUCUGUGUAUCCUGGAGUUUUAUGUAUUCCCUGACCUACACCUCACACCCUUGGGGCUUCUUAUACCUUGAUUUGAGGAGCACAGGACCCAGAGGACCUCUAGGUCUCUUACAGCUCUGAUGUGGUAUAAUAUUUGGAAUAAACUAGAGUUUAUUCUCUAGUUUUAGGAAAUUAUACAUUUAUAACAGGGAAAAAUAUGAUUGGCCAAUGUGCAUGACUUAAUUUCUUUUCCUGAAAUUGUAGGUUGCAAUUCUAUUGUAUGUAAAAGCUGGUUUCAUCAGAAACUGCAUGCAAUUUAAGAAAUGGAUUGCAAACUUAGAAAAAACCCUUUGCAGAUGUUAUCUUUGUUGCUCUCAAUCUUUCUUUGCUGCAAUUCUGCUUUUUUCUUUCCUGGCUGCUAAUUGGAUUAAAGGCUAUUUUGCCAACCAUGGCAUCUGGAGAUGACAGUCCUAUCUUUGAAGAUGACGAAAGGUGACUUUGGAAUUAUCCGACUACAUACCCAUAUAUAGUAGUUUCAUCUUAAAGGAAGAGUGCACAAGAGGGAGAAGAUAGUUUAUAUGUACUCCCUCCUUAUAGCCUGGAAAAAAUGACGGAUCUCGUAGCCGUUUGGGAUGUUGCUUUAAGUGAUGGAGUCCAUAAGAUUGAAUUUGAACAUGGGACCACAUCAGGCAAACGAGUGGUAUAUGUAGAUGGGAAGGAAGAGAUAAGAAAAGAAUGGAUGUUCAAAUUAGUGGGCAAAGAAACCUUUUGCGUUGGAGCUGCAAAGACAAAAGCAACGAUAAAUAUAGAUGCUAUCAGUGGAUUUGCAUAUGAAUAUACUCUGGAAAUUAAUGGGAAGAGUCUCAAGAAGUAUAUGGAGAACAGGUCAAAAACCACCAAUACUUGGGUAUUACAUUUGGAUGGUGAGGACUUUAGAGUCGUUUUGGAAAAAGACACUAUGGACGUAUGGUGUAAUGGUAAAAGAAUGGAGACAGCAGGUGAGUUUGUAGAUGACGGGACUGAAACUCACUUCAGUGUUGGGAACCAUGACUGUUACAUAAAGGCUGUCAGUAGUGGGAAGCGGAAAGAAGGGAUUAUCCAUAGUCUCAUUGUGGAUGAUAGAGAAAUUCCGGAGAUUCUUGAAUGACUUCAUGAUGGUGCAUUUUAAUCUUAUGAAGUAAAGAUCAAGACGUUUAAAUUACUGUGGUAAUUAAAUAUGUUCAAGAUGUACUUUUUAGUACACUUAGUCUCCCAACUGUUUAUUUUUUAGUUACUUAAAACUGUAAUAUUCCAAGGGUCAAAAAAAAAUUAUGUACAAUCAUAAAAAUUGCAAUUUAUUUUGUAAAUAAUGUAAAGUGUUUUAAAGCCAAAUGGAAAAUAAGAUAUGGACCAAAAUCACUAAUGUUUUACAAGAGGAACUUUAACUAUAAUAAACACUAUAAAAUAAAA